GUUCAUACCAACAGCUGAAAGGAAGGCAAAAUAGUCGAUCCUAUCCAGCGAGUCCACCGACCGAGAGUGACUUGGCAAAUCCAGAGGAGCCUCGAUCAAGUGCCUAACCGAAUCGACCCUGCCUUCCUCCCUGCCUUCUUUGAGACUUGAUCCCGAUCGCUGAAAACGGGAAGAUCGCUCGCUACUCAUCCAAUCCCACCCAUUCAUCAUGACGGGCACAAGUGACGCCAAAUCCGAAGGCACCGCCGAGAUUAAAAACGCCGCUGCGCCCACCACUGGCAGCACUGCCACCGGCAAAACCGAGGCCAAACCCAAGGAUGCCAAUACCUUGGUCAUUGACGAAAUCCGCGAGCAUUGUCGCUUAAUCGAAAGGACAGUGGUGUCCAAAGAGCCUCGUUUCAUGGUGCGUGUUCUCCGAUCUUUAUUCGCCUUGCGCAAGAAGAUCAACGUGGCUAUUCUUCGACGACUUGUCCACGGGUUUUACACCCAUUCUGUGAGCCAAAAACAAACCUUAUUGGCCUAUUUGGAUCAAGCCGCGGAAAUGGAUACCACCGAAGGAGGCUCGCCCACCGGUCCGGCUCCGCCCAACACCCGUCUUCGUGGCGCUAAAUCGGCGUUGACCCCACUUUUACCCGAGGUCGAUGCCUAUCUGCAACUCUUGAUUUUCCUCCACUUGUCGGAUCGUGGUUCGACCUCCGCCCUGACUUGCGGCGAGAGUCUAGUGGCAAAAUUGAUCGCGUACAAUCGACGGACAUUGGAUCACUUGGCCGCUCGGAUCUACUAUUACUACGCCAUGGCCUACGAAAGUGGCGGCCGAGCGUCAGAAAUCCGCGGGUUUCUGCAUAGCCGCCUACGUACCGCUACCUUGCGCCAUGAUUUUGAGGGCCAGGCGGUGCUCAUCAAUUGCUUGCUUCGAUCUUACAUCAGUCAAAACCUUUUUGAUCAGGCUGAUAAAUUGGUCAAUAAAACCAGCUUCCCGGAAACGGCCAGUAACAAUGAGUGGGCCCGUUACCUCUAUUAUUUGGGUCGCAUUAAGGCCAUCCAAUUGGAGUAUUCAGAGGCCCACAAGCAUCUGGUGCAGUCUUUGCGAAAGGCGCCUCAAAGCACAGCGGUGGGCUUCAAGCACACCGUGAUGAAGCUCAAUAUCACGGUCGAGCUUCUCUUGGGCGAGAUCCCCGAGCGCCGCACUUUCCUUCAAAAGGAAAAUAAACGCGCUUUGGCUCCAUAUUUGAUGCUAACACAAGCCGUGCGUUCGGGCGAUGUAAAACGGUUUGAUGAGACGUUGGAGAAUUAUGCCCCUCAAUUUAAGACCGAUCACACGUACACACUCAUUUUAAGAUUGCAUCACAAUGUGAUCAAGACUGCCAUCCGGACCAUUUCGUUGGCGUACACCCGGAUUUCACUUUCGGAUGUGGCCCAGAAACUGAGCUUGGAUUCGGCCCAAGACGCUGAAUAUAUAAUCGCGAAGGCAAUUCGCGAUGGCGUGAUUGAGGCUACCUUGGAUCAUGAUCAAGGUUGGAUGCAAUCUAAGGAAAACGUGGACAUCUAUUCGACCCGCGAACCUCAGUUGGCUUUUCAUCAACGUAUCGAGUUCUGUCUGGAUCUACACAAUAGCUCCGUGAAAGCCAUGCGCUUCCCUCCCAAAUCGUACAAUCAGGACUUGGAAUCGGCCGAGGAUCGACGCGAGCGAGAAGCGCAAGAUCUCGAGUUGGCCAAGGAAAUGGCCGAGGAUGACGACGAUCUAAUGUAACAAGCCGAUUUUUUUUAAGCAACCUGAGUCCAUGAACGUUUUGUCCCGGAUUAAACUGAUUAUUACAAUAUUGCUACUACUACUA